AAAACGUAAAACAUGGUUCUUCUUGUUGCUUUUUUCUGCAUUUUCCUCUCCUCUGCAAUUGCUUGUGAUCGAUGUGCCCAUCAAUCAAAGGCUGCCUACUUUUCAUCUCCCUCCCUUCUUGGAUCUGGGGCAUGUGGGUAUGGCACCAUGGCCCUAGGAUUUAAUGGUGGAUACGUUGCAGCUGGGAGCUCUAAACUCUACAGAGGAGGAGUUGGGUGUGGUGGCUGCUUUCAGGUGAGGUGCAAGAACACGACCCUUUGCAGUAGGAGAGGAGUUAAAGUGAUAUUAACGGAUUUGAAUAAAGGCAAUGAAACGGAUUUUGUCCUCAGCAACAGAACUUUCAUGGCCAUGGGUCAUAGGAACAUGGCCCAAGAAAUGGAGGGUGCAGGGACUGUUGAUGUGGAAUAUAAGAGGAUUCCUUGUGACUACAAGAACCAGAACUUGUCAAUGAGAGUGGAAGAGAGUAGCCAAAAUUCAAAUUACCUAGCAAUCAAGUUCAUCUAUCAAGGUGGCCAGACCGAUAUCAUGGCCGUCGAUGUGGCUCAGGUUGGUUCAUCGAAUUGGCGCUACAUGACCCAAAAUCAUGGACCCGUUUGGGAUACAGAUAGAACACCGGCUGGUCCAUUACAGUUUCGGCUAGUGGUGACGGGCGGGUACGACGGGAAGUGGGUAUGGGCACAGCGAGUCCUUCCGACGGAUUGGAAGGCUGGAGUGGUCUAUGACUCAGGUGUCCAAAUCAAUGACAUUGCUCAAGAAUUGUGUCCCACUUGCGACGAUGGCGUAUGGAAGUGAUAUCCAUACAAUGUAUAUAGACAUUCAAUUGAUUAACUCCCAUUU